AUGGCUCUCAAGCGCAAGCGCUCCGCCUCCGAACUCGUCAACCUCUUCUCCUCGCCUGCUCGCUCCGAAUCCAGCAUCGAGUCCUUUGAGUCACCGAUCUCUCCAAGCCCCAUAUAUCCUCGCGCAUAUGCGACGCCAUCGCACCUCUCGAGUCGCACAAUGAAGCGCUUCCGCGACAACAGGCCCUCGGAGGAGCAAAUCCAUCAACGUACUCUGAACAUGCUUUACUCCGCGCAGCAACACAACCAGUACCCGACCGACGCAGACCACGAGACGAAUCAUUCCGAACCCUCGCCCGUUCCUGCCGCCCGCAACACCCAAAAGUCCCUUCACAGCUUCUGGAAUAUAAAAUCAGCCGAGCCCAAAUUCUCCGCCCCGGCCCCGUCCGUGGACCAGGGCACGCUGUCGCCGAUGAGCUGCGACGAUUGUGGCGCCGGUCUCGGUGCCUCGCAUGACGCUGCAGACGGGAUGGAUAUCGACGAUGGCUACAGCUACGGUGCUGAUCAUUCUUGCGGCACGUGUGCUCGCAUUGCUCCGUUACAAACCUCGGCGAGCAGCGUCGAUGCUUGCGGUGUGUUGGAGUUGUAG